AUGCUGCAGUCGUUUCUACGCUCUUUGCCCCGGCUAGGGCGUACAUGGAAGCCUGUCGGCUUCACCAAUCCGAGUUUCGUCCGAAUACCAGUGAGCCAGAAAAUCGAAGAAGAGACCAUGCCAGAUUACGUUGCUUCCCGGUAUUACCCAGCUCGAAUAGGAGAAAUCUUCAAAGACCAGUAUCAGAUCAUAGGAAAACUGGGAUUCGGAGCCAGCUCAACUGUGUGGCUUGCGCGGGACAUGACCUACCGUCGCUACGUUACCCUAAAGAUCUUUAUCAAGUCUGCAUCUAUGGGACAGCAACUGGAUGAUGAGCUGCAGAUGUACAAACGCAUAGAGAGAGGCUCAACAAGUCACCCAGGCCGCAGCGCCGUUCGGUCACUACUUGACUCGUUUGAUGUCGAUGGCCCGGAGGACAAGCAUCGGUGCCUCGUACAUCCUCCAUUAUGGGACAGUGUGUUGACCUUUUUGUACCGCAACCCGGUGCAGAGACUUCCUGCUCCAGUUCUAGCAUUUGUGCUCAAGCGCGUGUUUUUGGCGCUAGACUACCUGCAUACGGAAUGCCAGGUUAUACAUGCCGACAUCAAGGCGGACAAUAUCAUGUUUGGCAUCGACGAUGAUUCCGUCUUCAGUAGCUUCAUGGAGAAUGAGCUUGAGACCCCUUGUCCGAGGAAAGAGGUAGAUGGAAGAACAAUCUACGUGUCCCGGGAGCUCAGAAUGCCCCAAAAAUGGGGUGCCCCGGUUCUCUGUGACUUUGGAUCGGCCAUACCUGGUGGUGUAGAGCACUUGGAAGAUAUUCAACCUAAUAUCUAUCGAGCCCCAGAGGUCAUUCUGGAGGUCCCGUGGUCGUAUGAGGUUGAUAUAUGGAAUGUGGGAUGCAUGGUUUGGAAUAUUUUUGAAGGCGAGUCCUUAUUCACUGGUCACGAUCCGGAAUUUGAGAGUUACCGAAGCCGAGCUCACCUGGCCGAGAUGAUAAAACUGCUCGGACCUCCUCCGCCCGGUCUUCUUGCCCGAGGGAACCUCACCCACAAGUUCUUUUCUGAUGAUGGUGCCUUUUACCCCGAGAAUCUCUUAGAGGAUCGGAAACCGCUUGAACAGAGGGAAACUACCCUUGAAGGACAGGAGGAGAGGGCCAGUUUCUUGCGCCUGAUGGAGAAGAUGCUGCAGUGGGAUCCGGCCAAACGUAGCUCUGCUAAGGAACUGCAAGACGACGAGUGGAUCCGUAAGACUUUAGAGGGUUAA